AUGGCUGCCGCUCGUGCUGUCUUCGGUGCCGUCCAGCGACGUGCCUUCUCUGCUUCGGCAAGAAACCUCUCCAAGGUCACCGUCCUCGGUGCCGCUGGUGGUAUCGGACAGCCUCUGUCCCUGCUCCUCAAGCUCAACCCCAGAGUCACUGAGCUUGCUCUGUACGAUAUCCGCGGAGGACCCGGUGUUGCUGCCGACAUCUCUCACGUCAACACCAAGUCCACCGUCAAGGGCUAUGAGCCUACUCCCAGCGGUCUCGCUGCCGCUUUGAAGGGUGCCGACGUCGUCCUCAUCCCCGCCGGUGUUCCCCGCAAGCCCGGUAUGACCCGUGACGAUCUGUUCAACACCAACGCCUCCAUUGUUCGUGACCUCGCCAAGGCUGCUGCCGAGUCUGCUCCUGAGGCCAACCUCCUCGUCAUCGCCAACCCCGUCAACUCGACCGUCCCCAUCUGCGCCGAGGUCUACAAGGCCCGUGGUGUCUACAACCCCAAGCGCCUCUUCGGUGUCACCACCCUCGACGUUGUCCGUGCCUCCCGCUUCGUUUCUGAGCUCAAGGGUACCGACCCCGCCGAUGAGAAGAUCACCGUUGUUGGUGGUCACUCCGGUGUCACCAUUGUCCCUCUCUUCAGCCAGAGCAACCACCCCGACCUGACCUCCAACGCUGAGCUCGUCAACCGUGUUCAGUUCGGUGGUGACGAGGUCGUCAAGGCCAAGGACGGUGCCGGUUCUGCUACCCUCUCCAUGGCCAUGGCUGGUGCCCGCAUGGCUGACUCCGUUCUCCGUGCUGCUCAGGGCGAGAAGGGUGUCGUCGAGCCCUCGUUCGUCGACAGCCCUCUCUACAAGGACCAGGGUGUUGACUUCUUCGCCUCCAAGGUCGAGCUCGGCCCCAACGGUGUUGAGAAGAUCCUGCCCAUCGGUGAGGUUGAUGCUAACGAGCAGAAGCUCCUUGAGGCUUGUUUGGCCGACUUGAAGAAGAACAUCGAGAAGGGUGUCUCUUUCGUCGCCUCCAACCCUGGCAAAUAA